AGUUUUGUGGUUUUGAUGACGUCACAGUGUCUUGCUAUCCGCUAUCCGUAUACAAGGCACGGAUAUCUCGCUCUCUACACGAUGGCUUCAACUUCAAGCGCAAAAAAAUCCUCUACAAGGUUUUACCCUGCUUUGGACAUACUCGUCUUAAAGCAAGUGCUAGCUGAUUGGCCAAUUGGUGACACCAAAAAAUGGGAAACGUUGACCCAAAAACUGAAUGAGGCUGUAAGACUGAUGAGACCGGAUGGCCAAGUCACCAUGAGGGGUUGCAAAGACCGCUUCAGAAAGCUUCUGUCUGCCUUCAAAGCAGAUGAACUGGCAUCACUAAGAGCCUCAGGAACUGAUGAGGAGUAUGGAGAACGAGAGCGGCUACUGGGCGAAAUUGUGGAGCUGGAAUCUGAGAUGGAUAAGAUGAAAGAAGAUGCAGCGAAGGUAGAGAAGAAAAAGCUGGAGCAGGGAGAGACUGUCCGGCAAAAAGCCCUUCAAAGUCUCACUGAGCAGGCUGAAGGAUUGAAUGAUGAAGCCAGGAUGCAGACCCCCUCUCCACUCAAGAAACGCAAGAAAGUUGAAAGCUCCGACUACAUCCAGUACUUAAAGGAGAAGACAGAGAAGGAAUUUGCUCUCAAACAGCAGCAGCUUGAGCUAGACAAAGAACGUUUUGUACUGGAGAAGAAAGAGCGACAAGCCAAGUUGGCAUAUGAUUCACAAGUGUUGCACCUUUUGCUGAAACUAACAAAGAAGGAAGAUUAAAUCAAAUGACUUCCUUCUUUCUCUUGGUUGUUACCCAAUCAACACGACAGUUCGUCCAGUUUUAUCACAUCACAUUGAGAGUUGAGACCUAAAAAAAUGUUGAAACAGUUUUGUUGUUGAAACAGUUUUGUUGUUGAAACAGUUUUGCAAUCUAAAUUGUAAUCUAAAGGAUGGUUCAUAGUAAAUGCUCAAUGCAUAGUAAUGUUCAAUGAAAGGGCAGUGGUUUACUUAU